AUGCAACUUGCAGGCCAUUCAUCUACAGCGCCUUACUCGUUUCACACGUCCCCGCGCAGUCCUGGAACUCGCCCCCAUAAUGCAGGACCCGAUUGCACCGGUUCGGGUUAUUUCUCGAUCAGCGUGGACAAUUCUGCCAGCACCAGAUGCGGUCCGCCAUCUUUCUCUCAGGCUACUGCUCCCGGUCCGGGGUCGCUUUUGAGCAGCAAAAUGCUGGAUGCUAUGAGCCCUCGGAAGACUCCGAUUGAGUCCGAGGAAAACAAAGGACCAUCUACGCAUAAGAGCCCUCUCAACCCAGCCACCUCCCUGGAGCCCAAGGUCGGAAAUUGUCACACCAUAUCCGCUGAGCGCUGUGCGGAGCUGCUUGGUUCAUGUCAGCAUGACGUCAUGCUCCUUGACGUGCGGCCGUAUGCACACUUCGCCAAAAGAAACAUCAAAGGCUCAUUAAAUCUUUGCAUUCCAACGACCCUACUCAAGCGUCCUUCAUUUGAUACGCAGAAGUUAGAAAACACGUUUACGGAUGAAUCUGACAGACGACAUUUCGCCAAAUGGAGACAGUGUCGAUACAUUGCCGUGUAUGAUGCAGCCACAUCUGACAUCAAAGACGCCGUACCUCUGGCGAAUGUGCUGAAAAAGUUCACUGCCGAAGGAUGGAAUGGUGAAGGACUGAUACUACUCGGUGGCUUCAAUGCUUUCUCCGACCGCUUUCCCGGGUUCAUACAACAACAGUCGCCACUUCCUAAAAAGCCUACGUCGAUGCAUAUCAACCUUCCGUCUGGUGCUCCAAUCUCGGGUGGGUGUGCCUUGCCGGACGCCUCUCGCCCUGCAAUCCCGUUCUUUGGAAACAUUCGUCAGCACAUGGAUCUACUUGGCGGGGUCGGCCAAAUACCCCUGCAGCUUCCGAAGGGGCUCACCGAGUCUAAACGGAAACUGCUUCCUGCCUGGCUUCGUAAAGUAGCCGAUCCGGCAGAUAAGGGAUUGAAUGUCUCUGAAAAAUUCUUAGAUCUCGAAAAAAGAGAGUUGGAGCGCAUGAAGCAAGCCUUGUCAUACAACAAGUCUGCCGAUGCAUCCAGGUUUAAAGUCGCGGGAAUCGAAAAGGGCACGAAAAACAGAUACAACGAUGUUUAUCCUUUUGACCAUACCCGCGUCAAACUACAGGACGUGCCCCCUGGUGGUUGUGACUAUGUGAAUGCAAAUUACAUGAAAGCGGAGUAUAGUGACAAAUGCUAUAUUGCCACACAGGCCCCUGUGCCGGAUACAUUUAAUGACUUUUGGCGUGUGAUCUGGGAGCAAGACAUAAGACUCAUCGUUUCCUUAACUGCAGAGGUGGAAAGAGGCCAGGUCAAGUGCCAUCCCUACUGGGAAUCUGGGUCUUAUGGGCCUUUUCAAAUCCAUAAUUUUGCUCAGAAAUACAUCUACAUGGAUGAUCCCGGGUUAGAGCAAGUUGACAGACCGAAAAAGCCUGUCGCGGACUCGAAUGAAGGUUCCGAAAAUUCUUGCAUCAUUGUGCGACAUUUCAGCCUAUCACAUACUGCUCACCCGUUCCAGCCGCUUCGUGAGGUCACCCAGCUACAAUACCCAUACUGGCCUGAUUUCGGCACUACCUCGCAGCCAACGCAUCUCCUGAAAUUGAUCGCACAAUGCGAUAAGGUCAGAAAUGCAACGGCCAAUCGAUCACGGCCCAUGGUGGCACAACCUAUACUGGUGCACUGCAGUGCAGGAUGUGGCCGCACCGGUUCUUUCUGCACUGUCGAUAGUGUCUUGGGCAUGCUUAAGCACCCCCUGGAGGGCACUGCAUAUCGAAAACAUGUCGCAACGGAUGCCCCCGCCCAUGAGAAUUGGACACACAAUGAGAAUCUAGACCUGAUAGCGAAAGCUGUUGCCGAUUUUCGUACUCAAAGACCCAGCAUGGUACAGAAUCUGAGCCAAUUCGUUCUGUGCUACGAGAGUGUAUUAGAAUGGAGUGUUUCCAACUUGGCUUCAGGUGGCAGCAUUUGA